AUAAUACAAGUACCCAAAGUAGUCAGACUUUGCAUGAACGGGCCUCCACUGAAGCACAGAAUCAUAUCCAGCAGCCAGAGAACCCAGCCCAACAGAACACUACACACUCUUCCUGGUUUGGCUGGCUUGGCUGGAACGCAAACGCAGGAGAUCAGACGAGCUCCAAACAACGCGAUAUGUGUGAUCCCAAUGACGAAGCUAAGCCAAACCCGGCCCCUCAAAAUGACCCAGAGACAUCUGAAGUAAGCAACAAUGUUACCAAGGCUGGUGAGGACCCCAAAACUUCGGUUGCCCCUAAUACGACGGAACAAGAUACAGCAGCCCAAACCCCUGUACCUCAGAAACGGAGUUGGAUGCAAAUGUGGGGAGGAUCAAACGUCAACAAGCUCAAAGAGGACUCGCAAAUAGAUCCUUCAAGCGAAGAGCCUGUUGCUGAACAGGACCAACCAAGCGAUCAACCUGUGGUUGCUCCACCUACAAAUGAGUCCUCCGUGGUUGAGGACAGUCAAGAGCGAAAACGAGAUUCAGGUCCUUCAAAGUCAUCGGGUUGGGCUUUCUGGUCCCGGGAUGUCCCCAAUACUGGCACACAGCCUGCGGCACAACAGGAGGAAUCUGGAGAGCUUAUACUAUCAGAGCAGAUUUUAUCGAAAACAAACAAAGACGACAGCGUUCCACAACCAGAAUUGAAGUCUAUUCUAUCCUCUCCAAAGGCUGAAAAUAAGAAACGCAUCAAGACCGUUCCACCUACCAAUACAGUGAACGGCAAAGCUACUAAAACUACCGGGCCUAUUACAGAAGAUGGGGUGACAUCUAUUCCGACAGAUGACGCUAUAGCUACUCCAAUACCGGCAAAAGUAAAAUCGCAGGAAGUCACAGCAUCAAAACAACUUCAAAGUGUCUUGAGCAAUCAGUUGCUUCCUGCCUUUAAAGAUACCUUCGCGUUGCAGGAAUCUGCCUCGUGGUUGCAAACGCUAGGAAGACUGUUACACUAUACUAAGCAGCCAGAAAACCAACAUGUCUUUGUCCUUCGUGAUCCGCCUCUUUUCAAGAAGGCGCUAGCUAUUGGAGUCCAUGGCUACUUCCCAGCUCCAUACCUACGUACGGUUUUGGGCCAGCCCACUGGAACGUCUCUGAAGUUUUCCACCAUGGCAGCAAAGGCUAUUCAUCGAUGGGCUGAAAGUCACGGCUAUCACUGCGAUGUUGAGAAAAUAUCACUGGAAGGAGAAGGUCGCAUUGCGGAGAGGGUAGACUUGCUGUGGAAACUCCUUUUGAACUGGAUGGAAGACAUCCGAAGGGCUGAAUUUAUUAUGUUUGCUUGCCACAGCCAAGGUGUCCCCGUCACGAUUAUGCUAGUCGCCAAACUGAUAGCUUUUGGAUGUCUCGAUGCUUCCCGUGUCGGUAUAUGUGCUAUGGCUGGUGUUAACCAGGGUCCAUUUCCAGAUUAUAAGUCAAGAUGGAUAGGUGGAUCUGCUGGUGAACUUUUCGAUUUUGCGAAUCCGACAACAAAGGUAUCGAAAGAUUAUGAGAUGGCUUUAAAAACAUGUUUAGAGUUUGGCGUUCGCAUUACAUAUGUUGGGAGUAUAGAUGAUCAACUCGUUUCUCUAGAGGUAUGUUGUCUGUUCUGCUGUGAGGGAAUGAACUAGAGAUACUUACUACAUGACUACAGUCCUCGCUAUUCGAUCCUGUUUCCCACCCUUACAUUUAUCGCGCUGU